CAUCACUGUCGUCUGUCUCUAUCUGCUGUCUUGUUUGACCGCGUCAGGACCAUGGAUAUCUCCUGUGGCAUUUCUGUCUCUUUCAAGAGCAACAAGAAUUGCCAUGUGUCGAACAUCAUGUGGACUCUGGCUGGCUGCCUGGCCUCAACAGUCAUCAUUUUCGCGUCUCUCGGCUCGAUUCAGAACCAAUGCCGCAACGAGGACCCUGACCUGCUGACCGACAUCGCUGGCUUUUCCGGUGGCGUCCUGGGCUGCAAGAAGCUCUACCGCUACUACUGGUUCAUCACCGCCCUCAACCUGGUAACCGCCGUGUUCGGCCUCUGGAGCGCCGCUACCGGCGCGCUGUCGUCCCGCCGCAUGUCCAUCCUGGGCCUGCUGGUGAUUGCCAACCUGCUGACCAUCAACAUGACCAACGCCUUCUACUCCAUCCUGGACAUCCCCAAGUGGCAGGACGGUGUCGGCCGCGACCGCUCCCACACCAUGGUGGCCGGCUGCAUCAUCACCGCCGUCUUCCAGUGCGCCGCCAUCUUCCUUGUCGGCAUGGAGGAGUGCCCUACGUUCUCCUGCUGCGCCGAGUCCUGCAAGGCCAAGGCAUGCCCCGUCGAGCCCAAGGAGGACACCAAGCCCGUCGAGACUGCUCCCGCCCCUGUUGCCGAGGUCGAGGCCCCCGCUGUGCCCGCUGCGGCCGAGCAGCCGAUUGAGGAGCCGCUCGUGCCCAACGGCGAGUCCGCUGUUGCCGUGUCGGUUCAGUAAUUGUGUUGUUGGUGGUGGUUGACAACUCGCGUACAUUAGGCUCCUCUGUAGAUAGCCCGUUCAUACUUGAUUCUAUUCAUGAUUGUUAAUAUGUGAUCCUGCAAGGUAUUCAAUAAUAAUUGAAGCCUUGCGCGAUUUUGAAUACUAGGCGUAUGUCCCAAGUGGCCGUACUAUUCACGCGGGGUGUGUUUUCACCAAUGUGAUCAACAAUUUUGUGAAGUCCUUUGUUUUGUCUGUGGACACUGCCACUGCUAAGCGCAGGCGUCUAUAAGGUCAAAGUGCCCUGUUGUGUCAUUGCCCAACAGCCUCACUACGAUGUAAGGAGUUGCCUGCCCCUCUCAUACCAUUUUCCGUUCAGACUGCUCCGUGCACGCAAUUGGCAAGGUUGAAGUUACAUGCCCCAACAUGCGACACGCAUAUGUCCUCGUAGAUGGCUACGGUCAUGCCAAGCCCU